CCCGCAUAUAGGCCCAAAGAAGUAAAACUUACGUCUGCGGGAUAGUUUGAAAGUACUUUCACAGAAGUCCUAAACUGAAUAUAUGAAGACCUCAGCGCGCCUAACUUGGCUGCAUCACAAAGGGCCACUAUAGUAGCAGAGGUAUCGAUGGCUUUGGUGUUGCCGAUUGGGCACACCUUGAAAAGCCUUGCCUGUUGGGAGUUAAGGCCACGGCGACGCUAUGGCUUCCUUCGCUGGCACAGCGCCACCUCGCGCAGCUGUUAACGAGAUGCACUUCCAGGUGGGACGUUUCACCUACGACGUUUACGCAGCCAUUGGAGGCGACUGGCUUCACCCGCACUCUGCCCGGUCUCGACCGGUACGCUGCCAUGGAAAGCAGGAACUGGACAUACGAAAUGACAUCCUUGUAACAGCUCUUCUCAUCGGCGGGAUUCAUUUGCAUUUGGUCAAGCUGCUGGAUCUGGCGAUAUGUUUUGGCGAGUCCCCGCGGUUGGGCAGCUCUACAAGUUAUCCCUGCGACGGCACGCUUGCCUCAAAGCUACAUGCAAUCCUGAGGAGCAACUUUGCUGUUUGGAAGGCCGUCUGGGUGUUCAAUAAAUCGGAGCUAUACCUGCUCCCCCUCCUGGCCGCAUCCCUCGCUUGGUUGCUGACAGCCCUUGCCAGCCUUCGCAACCCUGCCGUACGUCGCUUUUACACCACCGGAGGGCGUCUGGCGCUGCUCGCGAGCACCAGGUUUGCCUGCAAGGCAGCCGCCAUCCUGACGCUGGCGCUCUGGCCGGCUGCACCCCUCUCCUCCUACUGCAAGCGCUACAUGCCCUUCGAGGGCCUUGCGCUGCUGGUGCAGGCGCUUGCUGUGCAGGUCCCUGCGAGCGCCCAAACCAUUAUCUCCGCCGCUGACGCCGCCAGUACCUUUUACUGCUGCUUGCUGCUCUCGGACCGCUGGCCGUACGACAACCUCUCAAUGGGUGCCGUACUGGCCAGCUCAGUAGCGGCGUCGUACAUCUCUCUGAUGCUGACGUCAUGGCGGGAGGCGCGGCGGCGGGUUGACGCGACGGCGGCGGAAGUUGCUGGUGACGGGGGACAGGAGGCUGUGACGGCGACUCCAAAUAGCAGCAGUGGGAGCGGCAGGAGGGCCGUGCGUGCGGUUGAAUCUGCUGCCGCUGCUGUGAAGGGUCGUGAGGGAGUGUCGCCGGCUAUCGUGUGCGAGGUGCGGGUUCGGAAUGCGGACGAUGGCAAGGAGGGGGAGCGGAGCGGGUCCUCGAAUCAGGCCAAGAUGCCCCGGCAGCUGCAGCAGCUGGUGCCGCGGGUAGAGCCGGAACAGGGAAGGGAGGCAGCAGUGGCUGCAGUGGCGACGACGUUGUCCAGCGUACGGCCGAAGGGGAGGCAAGGGGAUGCAGUUACGCCCGGAGGAGCGGACGAUGAGGCAGCAGUAGCAGCAGCGGCACUGGCUGCUGUCGCUGCUGUUGCUGCUGCUACUGCCCCUGCUACAGCCCCUGUCCCAGCUGCCGACGCUCCUGCUGCCCCCACUGCUGCUGCCCCCACUGCUACUACAGCCGCCGCCACGGAGGAUCCGACGAGCAAUGUCCCCGACGCUCCCUGUGAGUGUCGCUGCGCAGACGUCGCUGCCGAGGGCGACGCCGCUGCCGCAAGGGCGAGUGACAGCGGAAACCAGCCGGUCAGCAGUGGCGGCGGUGACGGCGGCGGCGGCGGAAGGUACCUGCCGUACACCUCCGGCCCCGCCGCCGUCAAGGGUCCUUCGCCGCCGCCGCUCUCGCUGCCGCCGCCGUCGCUGCCGUCGCCGUCGCCAUCCAACUGUCGUUCAUCCUUUUCCGAGAACAACAGUGACGUCUCGGGCAUUGGCAAUUCCUCCACCUCCACCGCCGCCGCCGUUAGCCUAGCUUAUCCGCUGGGUCGUCGACAUGCCCGGUCCUCCGUUCCGACAUUCGCUUGCAACUGCAGCGACUGCUGCUGCCUCCGCCGCCCUCACGCUCGAUCGUCCCCGCGUGUCGACGGUCGGUCGAGCUGUUGCUGUUACGGCGCUGGCGGCGGCGGCGGCGACGAUCGCCACGGCAAUCGUCACAGCGGCGGCGACCUCCCCAUUGGCGACGGUUGUCCUUCCUCGCCGCCCUUGUCGGUUCGCAGGGCCUUUAGCGAGGGCCCCCUGCCGUCCACCUGCUCCCUCGGCAGUUGGAGCGGUUGCUACGACCCAGCCACAACCACCUUAACCACCUCCACUGCAACGGUAACGACCACAACCGGUGCUUCAACCCGUACACCAAGUCUGUCGUCCGCGUCCCGUCAACUUCCUGUGGGCGCCGUGACGACGAUCCGGGACAGUGUUACCUCGCACCACUCGAGAUCUUCCAUACCGGCUGCUGCGGGGCCUGAUGCUGGUGGUGCAGAUCCCCAACCUUCGGCCUCCGCCGCCACCGCCUGCUCCGCCGCAGGCUCAACGGAAGCCGCGAAGCAGCCUCAGCCUCAGCCCCCCGUGACCAGUGCCGCCGCUGCUAUUCGAAACUGCCCGCCUGCGGGCUGCAACUGUCGAGGUGGUUGCGGGGGCGGUUGUGGUGCGUCGUCUGGGUCAACAGCGGCAGCAGGAGGCGGGCGGAGCGUCCGAAGUGCCCCUGCAGGUGUGGGAACCGCUGCGGUGGUGGGUGUGGAUUUGGCCGCCCUGCUGUCCAUUCACAGGGCACUGGCGGCGGACGACAAUGCCAACACGAACGCCGUUGGUACGACGAACACGACCGUGACGAAUACGACGGCCUUGAGACCUGCUGAAGAACCGCAGGUACCGCAGGAGCAACAGCAGGAGGAGCAGGAUCAGGAACAGGAACAGCUGCAGCGCUUGGGGGCUUCGGCAACGACUGUUUCUGCUGCUGCUGCUGCUGAUGCCAAUGAUGGCGCUUCCGCCGCUGCUGCAGCAUCGACUGCAGAAGCGGCUGCGCUGCCUAGCGGCAUGGCAGCGGCACCCUCCGCUGCGGCCGCCGCCACCGCAGCCGCCAAUCCGCCGCCAGUGGGAUCCCCACCAUUCCGUCCCAACGUCACGCAGUCACCUCCACCGGCCCUCACGAGCAGCAGCAGCAGCAGCAACAGCUUCGCCCGGGCUCGCGCCCUGGUCGCCGGCGGUGGUCGAUCAGCUACGUACGACAGUCCUGCCCUGCUGCACACCAGUUGCGGCUUCAAGGUCCCCGGCUUGACGCCGGCGGAUGUCUGCUCAGCGCGGCUUGCGGACCGAGCUGCAGCGCUGCUGGCGGAGGGGCCGUGGGGCCGUGGCAUGCCGCCGCCGGCGGCGGCGGCAGCGGCGGCGCUAGCGGCAGCGGCGGGGGCAAGGUUUGCCGCCGCCGACGACACUAGCUCACGGGCGACGGCGGUUGGCGUAUACGUGCGUGAGGGUUGCAUUGAGCU